AUGUCCUUGGGCGCAGACGAUUACUGCGCCCGGCUUGAGGGCGGCGAGCUGCCGGUCGAGACGCACAAUCAGCUAUUACGAAUCGUCUUCAUCUACCUGAUCGACUUUGGUAUGUGCGGCGACGACGGGAUACUCAACGUCGUCGACCAGAUAGACGCCCGCGGCUCGUCUUUUGGGCGUAUGCAGGGGAACCACCUCGAGCUCAACCGCACUUUCGAUCUAUUCUACAUCUCCCAGGCAUUAGCCGGCAUUUAUCGCUCACAAUACUAUUCAUCCCACCUGCUUUUGCAGCCGGCGGCCGCCCGCUUUUACCGCCUCCCGGAUCUGCUACGCCUACCGGGUUCGGACGGAGCCAUUGGACACCCGCGCAAUAAGGCCACGGCAACCGGCCAUGUGACAAAACUGCCCCGCCAGGAGGACGGCAGGGGGUGGGAGCCCGAGUACGGGACUGAGGAGACGGUGGCGUUUAUGGCGGCCGUCGCCCGUCAAAGAGACGGUGGACGUGCAGGACGACCGGCAUGCUCCAACGAGUUCAGUUUCGAACUCAAGCAACCCGUGUGGUGUUACGGCAAAACAACAAGGCACCGAGUUCAGCUACCAUACACCCUAGGGAUGGCCACAGUACUUACUACCUAG